AUGUCGACGCCCUGGGCCUCACCCAAGAUGGCCUCGACCGGCGCUGAGCAGAUCAACACCUCCGCAAUCGAGGCAGCUAUAGUUUCAGCCUGCAACAAGGUUAAGAUUCACCUUGCAAAACUCUUCGACAACCAGCUCGUCCAGCUGAGGGCCGAGUUUGAUUCCACCGUUCGAGCGUUGGUAAACACAUCGAGACCACGACCUGUCCCAGUGAUUCCCGACCCUGCUCUUCUCGGCGGACCUUCUCAUUUCAAAGUAUGGCUCCUAUCUCUGGAGGGGAAACUGAGCAUUGACGGCGACGCUCUUGGCACACCCGAAGCCAGAGCCUACUAUGUCUUCAGUCGUCUUGAGCCCACACUCCAGGAGGUCGUCGUUCCCCAUUUAGUACACGCGAAAGCCACCCAAACCUGGGAUUAUCAGGCCAUCAUCGAUGUUAUCAGCCGAAAUUUCGACGAGUCCGGUCUCAGCAAGUCAGAGUCCAGAGUGUCCGAGCCAAGUGCUCACCAGGGCCCCGAGAAAGCAACCGCUCCGUCCGUCGACUCGUCCCAGGAGACAGACACCAAGUCGGAUUCCUCGACUCUGGUAUACAGCCAUGAGCCUUUUGCCACCUUUCAGCAGCGUGUUGUCGACUUUGCGCGUAAACAUCUUUGGGUAGACGCAGCUCCUGGGGAUAUCAAAGUGGAGCGACUGAAAGGAGGCUCGUACAACCGCGUCAUCGGUCUCGCUCGCCAGGCCGCUGAUCAACCCGACAAAGAAGUUCAGUACAUAUUGAGAGUCCCUCGGCUCGAUGCAGACACUCUGGACCGCGACGUUGCAACUCUGCGCUUCCUGCAACGCCACACCAGCAUUUCCGCUCCUAGAGUCAUCACUUUUGACGAGACUCGCCAGAAUGAAUUGGGACUUCCUUACAUGAUUCAAAACCGCAUCCCGGGAGCUGACCUGGCGGAUAUUUACUCUGGCCUGAGCCACAAGGGGCGAUGCAGGGUAGCGCGGGAGCUUGGUAGUUUUUACCGGCAGAUGCUGGCUAUCCGUAGCAGCAUGGCUGGGCACUUUAUGCUUUCAGUUUACCACGAGGACUUGGAGGCACCGCUCUACAUUACUCCCUUCGAAUUCAACGACCGCACGCUAUCUAGGCUCGAGGCUACGGACCCUUCUGGAACGUGGCUGCAGAGCCAUUUCUGUACCAUGGCUUCAGAAUUAGACGAGAAAGGGUGGUUCUCCGAUGUUCCGAACUGCCUCGCCCACCUUGAUCUUGAACCCCGGAACAUCAUCUUCAAUUCAGGGGCCGUUGAAGAGUCAUCCGCAGUUUCUGUUCUUGACUGGGACAAGGCCAUCCUUGGUCCCAUGUUCAUGGCCUGUGCUCCGCCUCUCUGGAUCUGGGGCUGGCUUGACGACGAAGAAGAAAACAAGGACGAAGACGAGAGGACUGCCAAUGAUGACCCCCCGACUCCAGAAGCGCUUGAGUUGAAGCAUCUUUUCGAAGAGGCUGCCGGGCCAGAGUACAGACAGUUUGCCUACGAACCUGCUUAUCGGUUUGCAAGGCGGCUCGUCCUAUUUGCUGUCAAUGGCGUGCGGUCUAAGGAGCAUGAUAAGGAAGCCGAAGCAAUGCUAGAAGAAUGGGCAAAUUUUUGCUAUGAUGAGGGCUAG